AUGACACAAGGUAAGAACAUAGGGUUGCUCGUGCUCCUGAUCCUUUUGUUUGUUGCGCUCCUAUAUACAUGUGAGUACUCGAAAUUAUUAAGCCAGAUUAGAGUUGACACUUAUGCAUAUCCAACAUCGCUCCAUAAAGACCUGUUGAGCAACACACUGGAGAACAUAAAAACAACUGCCCUUGAAACAGACAUAGAUCAACUAAUCUUAGAUUUACCUUCCGAUCGUUAUUAUAAUUCAGAUAAUGGUUACAAGUCAUCCAUCUAUAUUGAGGAGUAUCUGAAGAAUCUCACCAAUAACAUUGAAUCGAAACCAGUACGAGAACUCUUCAGGACCGAACUUUUCCACCACGAAUGGAAACAACCUAGUGUUAUUUUAAGAGUUGGGCAGUUUCCGCAAAGUAUUGUGCUUGGCUGUCACGUUGAUUCAAUAAACUUCAAAUCUACACAUAAUGCUCCAGGUGUUGAUGACAACCUUUCUGGGGUGGUGGUUGUGCUUCAAACCGUUAAGCAUUUAACAAAACUACUUGAGUCAGGAAUGAAUUUGAAGAACACAAUUGAGUUUCAUUUUUACGCUGCAGAAGAAGUGGGAUCGGCGGGAUCCACUGAAGUUUUCCAGAAUUACAGAUUGGAAGAAAGAGAGAUUGUGGCCAUGCUCCAGCAGGAUAUGACUGGGUUUAUCCAAAAAUCACUUGAUCAAGGUGAAGAUGAACAUUUUGGGCUUAUUAGAGACUAUCAGUCUCCAACUCUUUCUAGUUUCAUCAAACUAAUCAUUGAGGAAUAUUGCCAUAUACCUGUAUUGGAAACAGAGUGUGGGAAAGUAUGUUCAGAUCACAUUUCUGCAUUGAUGUACGGAUACCCGAGCGUUUACGUUUUAGAGAGUAAGGUGGAAUUGAGCAAUCCGUACAUUCAUUCGAUACACGACACGGUAGAAAAAAUAGACUUCAACCAUAUGAGAGAACAUUUAAGGAUGACCAUUGCAUUUGUUGUGGAGUUAGCGAUUACUCCAAUCAAAAGAACAGAAGUUGUAGAAAAGAUCUCAUUUAGGUACAUUGAUCUCAUCAUACUCAUGACCGUGCAUCACACCAGAAGAUUUGUAUAUCUGGUAAUUGUGUUUGCUGCUAUUGUGUGCACACUUUACAUUAUUAGCGACGACAUGGCAAAAAGUACCAACAAUGCAUCAUCAACCCCACUUGGAAUUGAUCCAAUGGACGAGGUACCACUUAUUGAGAGGAGAGGAGUAAGGCCCGGGAGUAAUAAAAAAACAAAAGGAAAGAAGAACUGA